AUGGGCACUGCCAAGGUGCUCUUGAGCAAGGCACCGCACCUCCCCAACUUGUCGGGGCGCCUGUCCAGCAGUCGCAGCCCCCUCAAUGUGAUUUUGAUGCUGACCAAGCUAUUUGACUUCAACCUCAACAGUGUGACUGAGAGUUCAUUAUGGAGAUCAACUGACUACGGAGCGACGUACCAGAAGCUGAAUGACAAAGUAGGAGCAAAGACAAUACUCAGUUAUUUGUACGUGAGCCCGAACAACAAGAGAAAGAUCAUGCUGCUGACUGAUCCAGAGGUGGAGAGCAGUCUUCUGAUCAGCUCUGAUGAAGGGGCUACCUACCAGAAGUACCGGCUGAACUUCUACAUCCUCAGUCUGCUCUUCCACCCUGAGCAGGAGGACUGGAUUUUGGCCUACAGCCACGACCAAAAGCUCUACAGCUCGGUGGAGUUUGGGAGGAGGUGGCAGGUGGUGCACGAGAGAGUGGCUCCUAAUCGCUUCUACUGGUCGAAAAUGGGUUUGGACAAAGAGCCAGGCUUAAUUCACCUGGAAACCAGCAUCUCUGAAGGACAGGCGCUGUAUGUCACCUGCAAGCUGCAGAACUGCACAGAUGCCAACAAGGGCAAACCAUUCCCCGGCUACAUUGACCCCAAUUCUCUGGUGGUGCAAGAUGAGUAUGUGUUUGUCCAGGUGUCAGCUGCAGGGAGGCCCAUCUACUAUGUGUCUGCUAAAAGGGAUGUCUUUACACCAAUGAAGCUGCCCAAGUACACACUGCCCAAGGACCUGCAUGUGAUCAGUACGGAUGAAAACCGCGUGGUUGCAGCCGUACAGGAGUGGAACCAGAACGAGACCUACAACCUGUACGUGUCGGACACGUCGGGGGUCUACUACACCCUGGCACUGGAGAACGUGGUCAGCAGCAUGGGCCCCGAGGGCAACGUCAUGAUCGACCUCUAUGAGGUAGCGGGAAUAAAGGGGAUGUUCCUUGCCAACAAAAAGACGGAUAACCAAGUGAAGACGCACAUCACCUACAACAGAGGCAGAGAUUGGAGGUUACUGCAGGCCCCGCACAAAGACCUGAGGGGCAACAGCAUUCACUGUGUGCUGCCCUACUGUUCAUUACAUCUCCACCUUCAAGUGUCUGCCAAUCCCUACACAUCUGGAAACAUAGCCAGCAGGGACUCGACGCCGGGGAUCAUCGUCGCUUCAGGCUCCAUCGGCUCGGAGCUGUCCAGCACCAAUGUCAGUGUGUUCGUCGCCUCGGACGCAGGAAACACAUGGAGACAGAUCUUCGACGAGGAGUAUGCUGUGCUAUAUCUUGACCAGGGAGGAGCCUUAGUCGCAAUAAGACACACUCCGCUUCCCAUCAGACACCUGUGGUUGAGCUUUGACGAAGGACUGCAGUGGAACAAGUACAGCUUCACCAACACGCCUCUGUUCGUGGACGGGGUGCUGGGAGAGCCUGGGGAGGAGACUCUCAUCAUGACGAUCUUCGGCCAUGUCAGUCAUCGCUCGGAGUGGCAGCUGGUGAAAAUCGACUUCCGGUCCAUCUUCAACAGGAGGUGUACAGAGGCCGAUUAUCAGACGUGGCACCUUCUGAACCAGGGCGAGCCGUGCCUCAUGGGAGUGAAAAGAAUCUACCGGAAGCUGAAGCCCACGUCCAGGUGCGUUAUGGGAAAAACAUACUCUGUGUCCAUGACGUCGGGCCCCUGUGACUGUACAGAGGCUGACUUUGAAUGCGAUUAUGGCUACGAGAGGCGGACCGAUGGCAAGUGCACCCCUGCCUUUUGGUUCCAUCCGUCAUCCAUGUCCAGGAGUUGCACCACGGGGAUGACUUUCCUUAACAGCACCGGCUACAGGAAAGUGGUCUCUAACAACUGUACAGCUGGAGUGAGCGUGGAGUACACAGCCAGGAGGCAGCAGUGUCCCGUCCAAGCACCCAAAGGUCUCCACCUGGUCACCAGCGAGGGCACGCUGAGCGCCACACUGGGCACCAACGUCACCUUCCUGCUUUUUCUGGAGGAGGGCGACGGGGCGAGGACAAGCAUCACGCUGGACUUCGGAGACGGCCACGCUCUCACCUACUCCAACGUGAGCUCCAUUGAGGACGGGAUCAAACACAUCUACAAAGCCGUGGGAAUCUACCGAGUGACUGCCACCGGGGAGAACAGCCUCGGCUCAGAGACCGUCAUGCUCUACCUGCAUGUAACAUGUCAGCUGGAGUAUAUCCAUCUCUCAGCUCCCUUUGUGGCGGUGAGGAAUAAGGAAGUGAACCUGACUGCUGUUCUUUGGCCCAGCCAAGUGGGAACGGUCACCUACAUCUGGUGGAUCGGAAAUAACACAGAGCCAGUAAUCACCCUGGAGGGAAGUGUGGCAUGCACAUUCUCCCGGGAAGGCAUCAGUACAGUCACUGUACAGGUGUCUGCAGGGAAUACUAUUCUGCAGGACAGAAAAAGCAUCGCUGUCCACGAAUAUUUCCGCUCUCAUCUGCUGGCCUUCUCAUCAAACCUGGACGACCACAACCCUGAUGUUGCAGAAUGGAGGCUAGACGUGAGCCGAGUCAUCAAGAACUCUCUGAUCGAGGCCACAGGCGUGCGAGAGGAUCGGCUUCUGGUCACCGUCCUCCCAGGUUUACCCACAGCAGCGGAGUUUUUCCUUCUGCCUGACAAACAGCUGACUGAGGGGAAAGCAGAGAAGAGCUCCGCUCAAUUAGAUCAGCUCUCUGAGGUUUUGCUCAACGCCUUGAAUCAAAACCUUGUCCAGUUCACGCUGCGGCCAGGGGUCCAAGUCACCGUGUACGCAGCACACUUAUCAGCAGCGCCCCUAGUGGACACCAGCGAGAACCACAGUGGCUCUGCCAUGCUAAUGCUGUUAUCAGUAGUGGUUGUGGGUUUAGCUGUAUUUGUCAUCUACAAAUUCAAGAGGAAGAUCCCAGGCCUCAACGUCUAUGCGCAGAUGCAGAACGAAAAAGAACAAGAAAUGAUGAGUCCAGCUAAUCCAACAGGGGCCACGCCCAGCUCACAGCGGGACUUGGUUCAUUCUUUGGAGAUUCUGGACACAGAAUUUAACUCACGGCCCAUAGAAGGGAAAUGGUCCGGUCAAGGGGUGAAAGGCAGCUAAGCAAAAAUGAGUAUGAUGAAAAGUACAGCUGCUUCUCAGUAGUACGACAAACUACAUUGUUCUCCUCAGUACUGUCACCCUUUAACAACCUGAGAAUACAGAUGGGUGACAAAUACAAGAAAAGCUAGGUUAAGAUCUUGUGAAGGCCACAACAUAUGAUUCAUAUGAUUUUCAUAUAGUUAUCAAAGCAUUUAGUAAAACCCUUGUGCCCUGUGUGGAAACAUCAGCAUUAUCAUGUGUCUAUGCUCAUGUAUUUAGGUUUUUCCUGUAAUUCAUUACCCAUCUGUAUAUUCUGACAUCAUAUGUCCUAACAUGUCUGUUGUUACGCCAACUCUUCAAUGUAUGAAAAUGAGUCUUUUAUUCAGGUUUUCAGUUUUAAUUGACUUGUCUGGUCAAAUAAGCGCACUUAUCCAUAUUUUUUAAUUAACAAUUGCUCAAAUGACUGUGUAAUGUGUAAGGGUGUCAGUUGUAAUGUUAAACACCGGAGACUUAGUACCAACUCUGCAGUUUCCCACAGCUCUUCCCAGCUUUUUAGCCUCUUUUAGCCUAUUUUUUGUUUUUAGUGGAACAGCUUUGUCUGCCUGCUGCCUAAUGCUGCGAAGUUGCAUUCAGACAAAAGUUAGCAGCUAACUGGUAACUGUAGUGAGCUUAAAGGUCCUAUAUCAUGCUCAUUUUCAGGUUCAUACUUGUAUUUUGGGUUUGUACUAGAACAUGUUUACAUGCUUUAAUGUUAAUAUUUUUUUCCCAUACUGUCUGUCUGAAUACAUCUGUAUUUGCCCUGUGUCUGAAACGGUCUGCUUUAGCGCCUGUCUCUUUAAGACCUCCUCCCUAAAAAGCCUGAUGUGUUCUGAUUGGUUUCCGAUUCUUCAACAUCUGUGCUCUCAGCGGCUUUGCACCAUCAUUGCAGCCAGGGGAAUGACUGUAACGGCACAGUAGUGCCACUUUCUACCUAUAUAUAGUAUAGUUGUGACAUGACAACAUACAGUCCUGACGGCUCGUCUAAAGGCACAUUUUCUGAAUACAGGCUGUGUGCAUUUCUCUGUGGAUUGAGCUUUUUUUUAUACUUUUACAGUAUUUAUAUAAUGCCUCGACCUAAUAAUGAAGUUUGAUAAUCAAAAAAGACAUGGAAAUCAUACU